GGAUAGUUUUAGUUUUGUAGCAGCGGUUUAGCACGCACCAGUAGGAAACUGUUGCCAUUGAAAAUUUGAAGCUAAUAUCCUCCACUCUAAUGUCUAUCCAUGGCAUCUUCUCUUCUCCUUCAACAUUUCGCUUCACCACUCAAGAAUUGCCUUCUUCGUCGCCUUCUUUUUCACAUCUAUCCAAGUUUCUCACAUCCACUUCUCUCCUAUCACCUCACUCUCUUUCGCUACCCAUUACUGGUGUUACUCUCAAAAGGCCCGAGAUCGGGAUUCAUCUCUCCCGAGUCGCCACGCAAUUCUCUGAGGAAAUUGUUCGAACAAAAGAUGAGCAGCCUGGGGAGGAAGCUUCCGGAAACAGAGUUUUAGCCCAAAAUGUUCCCUGGUCCUCCACCGCAGAUGAUCUUCGUACUCUUUUUGGGAAGUAUGGCACUGUGGUUGAAAUUGAGCUUGCUAUGCAUAGCAGGAUUAAGAACAGAGGUUUAGCAUUUGUAACCAUGGGUUCGCAUGAGGAGGCUUUGGCAGCUCUGACCAAUCUUCAUUUGACGGAAUUCGAUGGAAGAAUUUUGAAGCUUAAAUGGGUGAAACCAAAGAUAAAGAAACCAACUUCUUAUCCAAUAGCUCCUAAGCCUGUGCGUAUUCACACCUUGUUUGUGAGAAACUUGCCAUUUCAAGCAAAAUCGAAAGACCUGAGGGAAUUCUUCAAAUUCGAAAAAGGAAAUGCUGUUUCUGCAAAGAUCGUAUGUUAUGAAAACCCAUGGCGUUCUGCCGGAUAUGGAUUUGUUGCCUUCAACACCAAGGAGGAGGCUGAAGCUGCACUGUCUGCAUUUCAGGGGAAGGAAUUUAUGGGUAGACCAAUUAAAGUAGAAAUGAGCACAAGAAUUCAAAGAGAGAACACAAAAGUGGAUAUUCAAUCUCAAAGUACAUCACCUUCUCUUGAUGCUUGAAAAGUUGAAAGGGUGAGUGUCGAAAUUCAUUCUGUAUACCAUUCUACUUGGUAGCUUGAAUUGCUACUUGAGUCAAGGUCUUAUGAUAAAUGUAAAUAUUAUAGUUAAAAGGUAAAAUUGCCUUUUCUCACAAUCCGGUCCAUAGCUGUCAUGCUUUUUUUACCAUGCUGUCAUGUUUAUUUUUACCAUGCUUUCAA